UCAUUCCUCAUUAAAGGUAAGAGAAAAAGAAGAGAAACAAACACCAGAAAAAAAGAAAGAAAGAUAAAAAUGAGUCCCACAUCAGGUUUCUUUUUUCUCUUACCUCUCACCCUCUGCCUCUCCCUCCACCCCCACCUCAACUCGGCGGCCACAAACAAUGCCGCCCCCGCCGCCGCCCCCGCCACUCUAGACAAUUCCACAAAAAAUGCCACCAGCAGCCUCAUCGAAAAGGCCUGCAGCGGGUCACGCAACAAGGCCUUUUGCCUUUCGGUUCUAAAAUCCGACCCGGGCAGCAAGACUGCCGACUUAAAAGGCUUGGCAUUCAUAGCCCUCCAGGCCGCGUCCAAAAAUGCCACCAAGACUUCGGUGAAGAUCCAAUUGUGGCUCAACGACACGGAAGCAGAGCCCGCGUUGGACGACGCACUCAGGGCUUGUGACCAGGCGUAUAUUGACGUGGUGGACCAGAUCGGGGAUUCGGUCAACGCUUUGGUCUCGGGCGCAAAUGGCGACGUGCAGACUUGGAUGAAGGCGGCGGUGGCCGAUAUCGACACAUGCGACGUCGGUGUCAAGGGGCUGACGGUGACCCACGCUGUGGAGCUCACCAAAAAGAACCGUGCUCUCCGCCAGUUAUGUAAUACUGCUCUGGGGAUCGUUCGCGUUUUGGCCCAUAGUUGAUUUCAAAUUAUGAUGCCCCAUUGAUUCCUUAGGUGUUGCUUAAAAUGGUGCAUUUUUUGUAAGCGAAGACUGGAAGGCAAUGUGGAUAAUUCCAGGUUGUAUUGUCGUGUAUGAGAGGAUUGUUGCCUGCAUUUGAAAGAAGUCACAACUAAAUGCAGUAUUUGACCCCUUUUAUUCCAGAUUUCAGUCCCAUUCCCAUUCACAAUGAGUUGGAGGGACAUUUUUUGCCAUCAAUUACUAGAUGAUAAAUUUACGGCACAAACAACCUAGAUGAUACUUUUGUUGAAGAUUCUCUGUACUUUUUUUUU